AUGGCUGAACUAAGCAAGCCAAACCACCGCGCCUGGUGGAAAGAAAGCUCCGUCUAUCAGAUCUGGCCUGCUUCAUUCAAAGAUUCGAAUAACGAUGGCAUUGGCGAUAUCCCCGGUAUCAUCUCCGAGCUGGACUAUAUCAAGAAUUUGGGCGUCGAUAUCGUCUGGCUUAUCGCCGAUGAGUACGGUACGGUCGCAGAUGUCGAAAAACUGAUCCAGGGGUGUCAUCAACGGGGCAUGAAGCUUCUUAUGGACCUGGUGGUUAACCACACUAGUGAUCAACAUGAAUGGUUCAAGCAAUCGCGCAGUUCGAAGGAUAAUGAGUACCGGGACUGGUACGUUUGGCGACCUCCUCGCUACGACGAGAAUGGUAACCGUCAGCCUCCGAACAAUUGGAUUUCCCAUUUCCAGGGAAGUGCAUGGCAAUUCGACGAACAUACCGGCGAAUACUACCUCCAUCUAUACGCCACCGAGCAACCAGAUCUCAACUGGGAACACCCUCCUGUCGUAAAGGCCGUCCAUGAUAUCGUGCGAUUCUGGCUCAACAAAGGCUGCGAUGGUUUCCGCAUGGAUGUCAUCAACUUCAUCAGCAAAGACCAGAAUUUCCCCGACGCAGAGGUCACAGACGAGCGCCGAGGGUGGCAAUGGGGUGACAAGUUCUACGCCAACGGACCCCGUCUACAUGAGUAUCUCCAGGGCAUUGGCGAGAUUCUCAAAGAAUACGACGCCUUCAGCGUAGGCGAGAUGCCUUUCGUCAAAGACGAGAAAGAAGUCCUCAAGGCCGUGCAGUUCGACCGAAACGAAAUCAACAUGAUCUUCAACUUUGAGCACGUCGAUAUCGACCACGGGCCCCAUGGUAAUAAAUUUGAGCCCGGCGGCUGGAAACUUACCCAGCUUAAGGAGUUCUUUGCCCGCUGGCAGAGGUUUAUGUAUGCGAAUGAUGGGUGGAAUGCGCUUUACUGGGAGAACCAUGAUCAGCCUCGCUCGAUUGAUCGCUUUGCGAAUGCCCCGGAAGAGUACCGUCGUGUUUCCUCGAAAAUGUUGGCCAUUGCGUUGGCCUUGCAAUCUGGCACCCCGUUCGUGUACCAAGGACAGGAAAUUGGCAUGCGAAAUGUUCCCAAAUCGUGGGGGAUUGAGGAAUAUAAAGAUAUCGAUUGCCUCAAUCACUGGUAUGGAGAACAGAAGAAGGACUACUUCAAUGCGGAAGCCCAAGCCAUUGCCCGAGAAGAGUACCAGAAGAAAUCUCGCGACAACGCACGUACCCCGGUUCAAUGGUCUGAUGCCGAGAAUGGUGGCUUCACUGGACCAGGGGUUAAGCCUUGGAUGUCGGUGAACCCGGAUUACGUUCGAGUCAAUGCCGCGGCAGAAGUCAAGGACCCUAAUUCAACCUACCACUUCUGGGCUUCGGUGCUUGGUCUUCGCAAGAAGUAUCUCGACAUCUUCGUUUAUGGAGACUGGGUCCAGGUUGACGAGCCCAAUGAGGAAGUGUUCGCGUUUACUCGUCAAUAUGAGAAUCAGAAGGCGUUGGUCGUGUGCAACUUCACUGCGAAGGCUGUGGAUUGGGACGCUGGAAGUAAUGAGGUCUCUUCUAUCAAGGAAGUGAUUCUCAACAACUACGACAGUACUGCGGAAGCUACACAGCGCUUUGGCAGCGGAAAGUGGUCACUCCGACCUUAUGAGGCCAUAGUUGCUCUUCUGUAG